CACGAGACACUACAAAACAAAACCACCUGCCACCACCAAGCUUAGCUAGCUUACUUCCUAUCCUAGCUCAGUCUGUCUGUCUUUGAGACUUUUGUUCUGAAAUCAAAUCUCUUUCAUUUACUCUCUCUUCUUUUUCAUCCUAUAAAACCAAUCUUCACAAACUUCAAUUAAUCUCACUUUUUGUUUUUCUUCUCUUUCCACCAAAAUUACAAUGUCAUUCAAGUAUUCUCUUCUCUUAUUUUUCACUUUUGCUUUUAACUUGUUAACCAAUCCUGUUUAUGCCCUCAACAUAGGAGCUCAAACCACUGGAGUAGCAGUUUCUGUGAGUAAAGAGUGUAGUAGACAGUGUGAAUCAAGUUUCUGCUCAGUGCCACCAUUGUUGAGAUAUGGAAAGUACUGUGGACUUCUGUAUAGUGGAUGCCCUGGUGAAAAGCCUUGUGAUGGCCUUGAUGCUUGUUGUAUGAAGCAUGAUCAAUGUGUCACAGCCAAAAAUAAUGACUACCUAAGCCAACAGUGCAGCCAAACAUUCAUAGACUGUAUGGAAAAAUUUAAAAACACGGGAGCUCCUACAUUCAAGGGAAACACAUGCCAAACAGAUGAUGUUAUUGAAGUUAUCAAGGUUGUUAUGGAAGCUGCUUUGCUGGCUGGAAAAGUUUUUCACAAGCCCUAGACAGACAGUAAUCUUGCCUACUAAUCAAGUCUUAAUUAAUACAAGACAUAUAUUUCCUGAUUUUUCUUCCUAUUGUUUUUGGUUAUCCUCCGAUGACCGAAAUAAUCGAACUCCAAUGCUUUAUUUAUUCACAAGGAAUCUUAUCAAUAUAUUCUUUUUCAUUAUAUUUUGAACA